CGCGGCAGGCCACCAUGGGUGACUUCGACCCUUACGCCAGCAUGGCGGAGUGGCAGAGAGGCGUGGUGGAGCCCUUCGCGCAGAUGUCGGGCAUUCCCCCGGGCACCGUGCUCUUCACCUUCGCGCUGUGGGCGUCCCUCCCGUUGGGCGCCGUCUUCCAGCUCAUACCCUGGCCGACGCUCAAGAACGUGUACUCGUUCGUCUCCGGCGUCCUGCUGAGCCUAUUCGCGUUUGGAUCGUCCACGUACACCUGCGCGGUCCUCGGUAUCUUCUCCUACGCCGCCAUGGUGAUCGAUCGCAAGCGAUGCGGCUACGUCGUCUUUGCCGGGUCCUUCGCAUACCUCAUCUACUUUCACGCCUUCUCCGCAUCCGGCGAGGCGUGGAAGGCUGGCAACAUCGACAUCACCGGCCUGCUCAUGGUGCUCACGCUCAAGGUGACCGCGUGUGCGCUGAAUUACCAGGACAGCGGCACGAUCGCGGAGUCCGAGCGGAACGAUUUUCAGAGGAGGCGCGCGGUCGAGACGCUGCCCGGCGUGAUCGAGUACGCGGGUUGGCUCAUGUUUCCGUGCACGCUCGUCGUGGGACCCGCGAUCGAGUUUCGGGAUUACCACGACUGGCUCCACAAGAAGGGCGUGUGGGGCGGGAAGGGUUGCCCGAGCGUGUGGGGCAGGUGCGCGCUGCUCGUCGCCUACUCGCAGGUGUUCGCCGCGGUUCACAUGAUCGUCAUGCAGUACUACACCCUCGGCAACACGUACCUCGGAGCGGAUUGGAACGACAAGAGCGUCCUGCAAAAGUUCUGGGAGCUCCACAUCCUGGGCCAGGGCUCGCGCGGGAAGUACUUCUUCUGCUGGGUGUGGGCGGAGGCUGCGUGCGUCGCCGCCGGGAUCGGAUUCAGCGGCUACGACCACGAGAGUGGAGCCCCCACUUGGAGCGGGUGCACAAACGUGAGGCCGAUGGGCGUGGAGAAGGCGGCGACGUUCGUGGAGAUUCCCCACCACUGGAACGUGCAGACGGGGACGUGGCUCAGGCACUACGUGUACGACAGGACCACCCCGCGUGGGAAGAAACCCGGGUUUAAGCAGAUCCUCAUCACGCAGGUGGUGUCCGGGGUCUGGCACGGGCUGUACGCGGGGUACUGGUUAUUUUUUGUCAGCAGCGCCGUGUUCCUCCAGGGGAGCAAGAGCAUGUUCAGGUGGCAGCGCGCCCACUGGCCGAGGCGUUGGAACUUUCUGAUCGAUUUCCCGCACUGGCUGCUCACGACCGUCGGUUUGAACUACCUCUGCGGGGCGUUCAUGCUCGUCACGUACGAGCAGUGCAUGGCGGCGUGGGGCAGCGUCUACUUCAUCCCUCACUGGAUCGUGCUGUUCAUGCUCGUCUUCGGCGAGACGUUCAAGGGCAAGAGGAAGCCGCGCGUUAACGCGGAGGUCAAGACGACGGUCGCGGUCGAGCGCGUCGCGACGAACGGUGACGCGCCCGUCGAGUCGAAGAAGGAACAAUAGCGCGGACCUCAUGGAGGAGCGCGCUUGCUUGUCAAACAUUUUUUUCAUCUGCACGGUUCUC